AAUAAUGUCGAAUUAUAGAAAUAACGUGUUUCUGCGAGGCGAAGGAAGAUCACCUUGGUAUAGACUGGAUGGAUCGAAAUUCGAUUGUUAUCUUGUUGGUGUUGCAGGCGGUAGUGCAAGCGGAAAAACUAGUGUAGCAGUACGUAUUAUAGAAAACCUUAAUGUGCCAUGGGUAGUUCUUUUGAGUAUGGAUUCCUUUUAUAAAGAAUUAAGUCUCGAAAAGAAAAUAGAGGCACAAAAUAAUAAUUAUAAUUUCGAUCAUCCGGAUGCCUUUGAUUUUGAUUUAUUAUUAUAUACGCUAAAGAAUAUGAAAGAAGGAAAGAAAACAGAAAUCCCAGUUUAUGAUUUUAUAACUCAUUCUAGAACUUCACAAAAAAAUUCUUUAUAUGGUGCAAAUGUUGUUAUCUUUGAAGGAAUUUUUGCACUUUACGAUCAAAGAAUUAUGGAUUUGAUGGAUCUCAAAGUAUUUGUUGACACGGACUCGGACAUUCGGCUUAUUCGUCGAUUAAAACGAGAUAUUAGUGAACGAGGGCGUGAUAUAAAUGGUGUAAUUCAGCAAUAUCAAAAGUUUGUAAAACCGGCUUUUGAUCAAUACAUACAACCUACUGUUAAAAAUGCAGAUGUGAUAAUUCCACGUGGUCUUGAUAAUUUAGUCGCCAUCGAUUUAAUUACUAAACAUAUUCAACGUCAAUUGCAUGAACGUCAAUUUAAUUUUCGAUGGGACCUUUUAAAGAUUGAUUAUAAUGAUAAAAAAAUACCGGAGAACGUCAUUAUUUUGGAUCAAACUUCUCAACUUAAGGGAAUACAUACUAUUAUAAGAGACAAAAAUACGCAUCUUGAUGAUUUCAUAUUUUAUUCUGAGCGAUUGGUUGCUAUUAUUGUAGAAAGAGCACUAUCUGAAUUAACUUAUGAAAAACAUGAAGUCGUUACACCGCUUAAUAUACCAUAUGUUGGAAAAAGAUGUAUAGAAAAGAUUUGUGGAGUAUCUAUUUUACGUGCAGGAGGUACAAUGGAAGUUGGUUUGAGAAGAGUUGUUAAAGAUGCUUUAAUUGGAAAAAUCUUGAUUCAGUCUCGCCCCAAAACUGGAGAACCAUCACUACAUUUUGUUAGCUUACCAGAUAAUAUUCAUGAAUGUUAUGUACUACUUAUGGAUGCACAAAUUGCGACUGGAGCAGCUGCGCUUAUGGCCAUACGAGUAUUAUUAGAUCAUGAUGUACCCGAAGAUAAAAUAAUUUUCUUAAAUUUUCUUGCAACUCCAUUAGGUUUACAUGUAAUAACGAAUGUAUUUCCAAAAGUCAAAAUAUGUACAUCAAUGAUUGACCCGAAGAUUAAUGAUGAAACCUUAUUUAUUGAACCUGGAAUGGGUAAUUUUGGUGACCGAUAUUAUGGUACUUUAUAACCCUUAAUAUAAAUUAGUCCAUAUAAAUUUCCAAAGUACUGGUCUUUUAUGAAAUUUAUUAUUUGAACUAAUCUUAAUAAAUAUUUUAUUAUUAUUAUUAUAAGUCUAUAUUGCCAUUCUUAGCACAAAUCAUUUGUAUAACAAAAUUGCUGUAUCAAAUGGUAUAAAUAUAUAAAAUAAAUAUAAUUACAUAC